GCAGAAGUCAGAGCGAGACAUAAUCAGGUUAAGUCCGAUUACGCGUGAGAUUAUAAAGGCGAGUCGGUGAAAGCAUACACAUUCCGCGGACUGCUGUAAAGACACGUGGCCACUUCAUCCUGAUGUCCAAUAGCGAGCUGGGCGAGUGAGUAGUUCAGAGAGAGAGAGAGAGAGAGAGAGAGAGAGAGAAAGAGUGGGAGUGGAAGUGGUGGAUAUCUGAAGCUGAACAGGAGGAACUCGUAUUCUCCCACAGACUCUUCUUCACUGCUCCGAUCGCAGCACAACUCCUACUGCAGCUCUUGGAUUAUUCUGUGGCUGGAUUUCUUCGAGCUCAGUGAAGCAGGAUGUUUUACUUCCACUGUCCCCCACAGCUGGAUGGGGAGUGCUGCAGAACUAAUACCUUGAACUCAAACGGGUUUGGGAGCCAUGCCUCUGGAGACUUCGAUGAUGGUUUUCUCAGAAGGAAACAACGCAGAAACAGAACAACCUUCACUUUACAACAGUUAGAAGCACUGGAAGCAGUGUUUGCCCAGACUCACUAUCCGGACGUGUUCACAAGAGAAGAACUGGCCAUGAAGAUUAAUCUGACAGAAGCCCGUGUCCAGGUGUGGUUUCAGAACCGAAGAGCAAAGUGGAGAAAAACAGAGAGAGGCAGCUCGGAUCAGGAGGGCACAAAGGAACAAAUGAGUGAAGGAACUCCUUCUGCUAGAAACCUCAACCAGUCUCCUGUGGAUCAAAGCAGAAACAAAAAAGAACCUCUGGAAGCACAACAAAAUGUUAACAGAGCGGUUGGUGCUGGAGGGCCCUUUUUCCCAUCCUGUUUGCCUGGGACUCUUCUCAACACUGCGACUUACGCCCAGGCUUUGUCACAAGUGGCAACUUUAAAAGCAGGAAGCCCCCUGUGCUCUUGCUGCGUGCCUGACCCUAUGGGCCUCUCCUUCCUACCUCCCUAUGGGUGCCAGAGUAACCGGACAGCCAGCGUGGCAGCUCUGCGCAUGAAGGCCAGGGAACACUCUGAGGCUCUGCUGCAGUCAGCCAACCUACUUGGGGCCGUGCCAGGGCCAGGGGCCAGAGUUUCUGUUGGUCUCGGUCAAAGCACCAAUGCAGCGGGUGGGGAAGACUCCAGUCCUGCUUCUGGUUCUGCAAAGCUACCAACCCAGGGAACUACCCCUGAAAAGCAGCUGCAUUGCCCAAAGGAGAACCCGGAUAAGAAAUAAGGGAGGCAUUUUUGUCUACACAGCACGUUUUCUCCUCCUGGACAUAAGGAAUUACAAUCUCAUAAUGAAUGCCUGCUGCCCCUUUCCUCACAUGCCGUCAAAACAACAGGGCAAGGUGUUCAGUGUUAUUUACUAUUGUAUUAUAAUUUGAAUGUGGGUGCAUCAAGCUAUUUAUUCAAUUGUUGUUUAUCUAUCAUCGUUACAUUUUGCCUAUUAUUAUGAAUGAUAUAUUGCCUAUAUACCUUUGGCACUGUAAAUGGUUUUAAUGGUGGAGAGACUGUUGGAUGAAUUUACCCUGGCUGCCAAUGUGAAUUCAUAUAUUUUUCCAGCCACUUUGAUGUAGGACUUAUACUGCCUUGUAUACUGUAAAGUCAGGUGAUGUAAAAAAUUGCAUUGUGUGAAGGACAAUUUUUUUUCUAAAAUGUAAAAAAAAAAAUUAUAUAUAUAUACCGUGCGCUAAUAUAAAUGGCCUAAUGUGAAAUAAUAUGCAAGUGUAUAUCUAUUGUGUUUUCUUGAUCUGGUAAAAGCAAUUUCGUCUCACUGGUCAUGGGAUGUGACACUCUUGUUGUCAUCACAUCUGCAAGGCAAUGACAGACUGUGAGUGUUCUCACUCUGGUCCUGUUUUGACAUGCUCUUUAAAACAAUUAAACAUGUAGACAUUAAUGUACGUCUUCUGUUGCCUAUUGCACACACCAUCUGGCUGUUAUCAAUUAUUAAUUAACUUCCUUGUAUACGAAAGGUAGAGCUGAAAAACGGAAGCAAGGGUUGGUCUUAUUAUUUAUUUAGUUUCGCUAAACCACUGACUCUUUCACAUUUGAUGCAUAGACUCUUUACUGAGGCUAAGUAGAAGCUUAUUGUGAUGGCGUAAUGCACAGGCUUUACUGUUCAUGAGGUGCCUUUCAUGCUGUGAGACCAUCAGUAUACUUUCAGUUGAAGCUGGUUAUACAUACAAAUAUUUUAAUCAGCUAUUUCUGACACUAAGAAUAUACACUACAGGCUGGUAGCAAGCAAGUGAUUCUUUUUCCAAAACAUAUAUUAGUUAGGAAAAACUAAAUAAACAGAGACAAUGUUUUUUUUUUUUCUAAAGUAAUCCUUUAUCUUGUAGUAAUUUACUCAUCAUCAUAUUUGUUGAUAACACUCUCUUGCAUUGACCAUUGUUGUCUAUAAGAAACUCUUAACACAUCUGUUUGAAUUAGUCAAGUGUUCAGAUGCAUCUGAAUGUCUGAAUCAGAUGUAUAUUAUUAGGUUUACUAUUUAAAAAAAACUAAAUUUUUGGUAUAGUUGUCCACUGUUGGAGGUCCCAUGAUGUUUAACUGGCUCUAUGUUUAGUCAUUAUAACUUCAUUUUAAGUCCAAAAUUUUGGCCUAUAGUGUAUAUGCAGUUAUGCUGGGCUAUAGAUAUUUUCUAGAUAUGAAAGAGUGACAAAGAAAUAUAGUUUAAAUGCAGUUAUUGGUGUAGUGUUAAGGACAAUAAGACAGACACUGUAUCCCAUUGUGGUCUUUUGAAAAGUGUAAUUGAAUUUGGGUAGUUCUCUUUCUCUUGAGUUGGGUAGUUCACUGGUAUGUUUCCAAAAUAGAGAUCAAUUUUAGCAUUCAAAGUCACAAUACUGCGAGAGUCAGAGUGCGUGAAUUGUUACAAAAAGUAAAAUUAGUAUGUUACUCAUUUGUGCAAUCCUUUCAAAUAGUAUCAGUUAUCAUCAGUUAUCAUAGUAUCAGUAGACAAUCAUCAUUUUCUUCACUGACUUCCAUUGAAAAUCACUAAUUAAGGGUCAGACACGUGAAUGUACAACACUUAAUAGGACUGCAUCUGAAAAGGACUUAAACUGAUUAAAUUCAUGUCCUUGAGGAUUUUCAGGAAAUUACUUUUGAUAGUCAAUAACGCAAUUAAGUAAACUACACACACAUUAGCAUGAAUAAUUGAUAUGGAAUUAUGUAUCAUCACAAAGUACUGUCUUAAUAAUUCAUGACGCAACACCCUACUGACAUGGCAGAGCUCGAUAAUGUCAGAAGAGCUGUGUGCUGCCAGAGCAUGCUUGUGUUUCUCUAAAAUGUAUAUUAAAGUGAAUUUGUGUGCUCA